CGAACUAUCGGCGCAGUCGCGCGGUACAGCUCGACUUCUGUGUUUACAGCAUGAUGCCGUGAGGCAGAAAUUUUACAGUUCAAAACGAAUUUGCUAUACUUGACAAUGGUGACUUUUCAUUAGCGGGUGCCUCUUCCUUCCACCGCGUUAGAAGGAGUCGCAUGUCAAAAACCUCGUGAAGCUUUUCAGUCUUCGAAGAUGUCUGACGCUUGCUGCUCUGAACCUGCCGGAGCCAUCAAGGCCAUCGAUAAGCACUCAGUGCAUCAGAUCUGCUCUGGACAGGUGGUGUUGACUUUGGCCACCGCUGUCAAAGAGCUGGUGGAGAACAGCGUAGAUGCAGGGGCCACCAGCAUUGAUGUGAGGCUAAAAGAGUGUGGAGCCGAACUAGUGGAAGUGUCGGACAAUGGCAAAGGAGUAGAGGAAGCCAAUUUUGAGGGACUGACACUGAAGCAUCACACAUCAAAGCUGAGGGACUUCUCUGAUCUCAUCCAUGUGGAAACUUUUGGCUUCAGAGGUGAAGCCCUCAGCUCUUUGUGUGCUCUGAGUAACCUAUCAGUGGUGACAUGCCACGUGUCGAGCCAGGUGGGGACCAAGCUGGUGUUUGACCAAAAAGGCCACCUUGUGCAGCAGUCGCCUCAUCCUCGGCAGCAGGGCACCACAGUCAGUCUGCAGCAGCUCUUCUACACCCUGCCUGUUCGACACAAGGAGUUCCAACGCAAUAUUAAAAAGGAGUAUGCCAAAAUGAUACAUGUCCUGCAGUCGUACUGUAUCAUCUCCACAGGAGUGCGUAUCACCUGCUCCAACCAAAAUGGGCAAGGAAAGCGCAGCACAGUCCUCAGCACCAGCGGCAGCCAGAGUAUGAGAGACAACAUAGGGGCCAUAUUUGGACCAAAACAGCUGCAGAGUCUUCUGCCUUUUCAGCAGGCGUUCGCCACAGAAAAUGUUCUUGAAGAAUAUGGCCUGAAAGAAGCAGAUCUACCCAAACAGCUCUUUUCUAUCACAGGGUUUGUGUCACGAGGAGACCAUGGUGUUGGGAGAAGUGCCACAGACAGGCAGUUCUUUUUCAUUAACAACCGACCAUGUGAUCCCAUUAAGGUGACCAAACUUGUGAAUGAAGUGUAUCACAUGUACAACAGACAUCAGUAUCCAUUUGUUGCUUUGAAUAUAGCUGUUGCCUCAGAGUGUGUGGAUGUGAACGUCACCCCAGACAAACGGCAGAUUUUCCUUCAGGAGGAGAAACUCUUGCUGGCUAUUCUUAAGACCUCUCUUAUCAACAUGUAUGAGGCAGGAGUCAAUAAGAUAAGCCUGAACUAUACGCCCUUAACCAGCACCAAUACAACAGCAACACCCAAAAUCUGCAAAGUUGUCCCAUCUAAUGACAAUACGCCAGAAUCUGGAGAGGAACCAGUCACUCAGAGCCGAAAGUCAUCCCUAAACCUGGCCGGCCUUAAAGCUGCUUUCUCAAGUCAUCACAGCUUCCCUUCUGGGAACAAGGUGAGUGCGGCAAAAGCUGCCAACAUCGGCCCCACACAGAAAAGACUACAGUCUUUUUUUAAGGAAACUGUCAAACCUACUAACUGCACCCUGGGUGUGAGAUCUCCUUUGAAAACCGCAAAAAAUCCAGCAAAAAGCUCCCCGGUUAGGAAUUCUGUGCUGGAUGGGUUCAGGUACGGAACAACUGUCAGGGAUACAGACUCCAGUUGUGAUUUUACCAUGGGACCACCAGAUGUUCAGUGUUCAGGCCAAGAGUUCAGUUCUCCUGAGCCAGUUGCGGACAGACUCAUUGUGAAAGAUGAAACAUUUGAAGAAACGUCCGACGAUAAUUACACUGUUCCUGAAGAAGUAGAGCCACAGACCAGCCCAGUCACUUCCAGCGAGGACUGUCCUGUGAGCCCGGAUGCCAAGAGGGCCAGGACAGAUAAACCACAUUUCACUGAAGAGCACAAACCCAACUCCUCUUCAAACCACUCAGAGAAAUCCUUGAUGGUGGACAUGUCCGUCUGCCGUCAGAAGAGGACGGUGCCUCUUAAGUUCUCAUUCCAAGAGCUAGCAGGGAAGAUGAAAAGGUUACAGGAGAGGCAGGCACAGAGGGACGGGGAGAAUCUGCGCUAUCGACGCUUCAGGGCCAAGAUUGAUCCUGGAGAAAACCAGAGUGCGGAGGAUGAGCUCAGGAAGGAGAUAAGCAAAGACAUGUUCAAACAGAUGGAGAUCAUUGGUCAGUUCAACCUGGGCUUCAUUAUCACCAAACUCAACUCGGACAUCUUCAUGAUCGACCAGCAUGCCACAGAUGAGAAAUACAACUUUGAGAUGCUGCAGCAGCACACUGUGCUCCAAGGGCAGAAACUCAUUGCCCCUCAGAAGCUUCACCUCACUGCUGUCAGUGAAAAUGUACUCAUAGAGAACAUUGAGAUCUUCAGAAAGAAUGGCUUUGAUUUCCUUGUCGAUGAGGAUGCUCAGGUGAUGGAGAGGGUGAAACUGGUAUCUCUGCCCACCAGCAAAAACUGGACAUUUGGCCCAGCGGACAUUGAAGAGCUGAUCUUCAUGUUGAGCGACAGCCCAGGGGUCAUGUGUCGACCAUCCCGCGUCAGGCAGAUGUUCGCCUCACGAGCCUGUCGAAAAUCUGUGAUGAUUGGCACAGCUCUCAGUGUCAGCGAGAUGAGGAAGCUCCUGGUUCACAUGGGGGAGAUUGAGCAUCCAUGGAACUGUCCCCACGGCAGGCCCACCAUGAGACACCUCGCCAACCUGGACAUCAUCUCACAAGACUGACGAUGUCAAGGAAGGAACUGUUAGAGAAUCCUACUUUACGCUGGCUUGUUAUAACAGGAAUGUGCUGUCUUUCAUUUCAUUUAUUUCUGUUAAACUUCACCUAUGAUAGAAGACAGAGUUGUAGAUACUGUAUAUUUGUAUGGUUCAGAUGGUCAGUGUUGAUUGUUUAGUGUGUAUUUCUUAAUUUCUGUUAAUAUAUGUUCUGAUUUUAUUGGUAUUUUGUAGCACAAAAUCAUAGUUUUUAUAUUUUAACACCUAAUUAAAGGAAAACGCUGAACUGCA